AUGGCAACAAUCGUUUUGUUCAAAAAGUCAGGUAAAGAUAAUUCCAACCCGAGUAACUACAGACCCAUUAGCCUUCUGUCUUCAGUUUCAAAAAUAUUUGAAAAAAUUAUACACCCAAAGCUUACCAAUAACUUAAAUGCGAUAAAUGCUAUCCCACAUUUUCAAUUUGGAUUUAAAUCGAAUCAUUCCACUAUCCAACAACUUCUGCAUCUAACUGAACAUAUUAACAAUGGUUUUGAAAAAAAACAUUAUACGGGCGCAGCCUUCUUAGACGGAGCCCAAGCAUUUUAUCGGGUCCGGCACGACGGACUUUUAUAUAAAUUAAAAACUUUAAACAUCCCAGCUGCAAUAUAUAAACUAAUUAAAUCUUAUCUCUCCGAGCGCUGUUUCAAAGUCCGAAUAAACGAAACCACAUCGGAAACAAAACUAAUUCACGCAGGUGUACCUCAAGACUCAAAAUGUUCACCUAUACUUUUUAACUUAUACGUUUCGGAUUUUCCUACAACGAAUAAUACUGAAAUAGCACUGUAUUCUGACGACAGUGAUAUAUACUCUAGCACUAAGGACGUCGAACCAAUAACACAGAAUAUUCAAGCACAUCUGAACGAAAUCCAAAAGUGA